CUGUAAUUACAUCUUAUAUCACUCAUACCUUGCCUUGUAGUGUAUGCAAAGCCCAUAGCUGCAAGUGAAGUUCGAUUGAUUCAGCUUCCGAUACGUCACGAACACUUUGCUCUCUCAGCUGUUCUUGCACUCUUCUGCUUACUCUCUUUACCACAGACAUACACGCGUGCAAGCUGUGCUUGCAUUCGCUCUUUUUGACACACACACGCAAACACAUGUGCAAGCAUGCGCUUGCGUUUUCUCUCUUAUUGCAUGACCUGCAGUUUAGCUCUUCUGAUUUAUGGAAGAACUGAGCUCUUUUUUUUUUGGUCAUACUUUUGGGCGGGCAACAAAAUGCUCUGACCUGACACGCAUUGCAGUUAGUGGAAGGAAGUGGUUGGGUGGGGUGGGCGGUGGGCAGUGAAACAUCUGGUUUUGUUGUUGUUGCGACCCCCGUCCCCCGUUCCCCACAGCAUAGCACAGCACAUGCGCAGUGAUUGGACAACGAACUGUUGUUCGUUGGUUCGCUUCGGCUGGCUUCCAUCCCCAUGGAAGGACGACGUCGACGAUGGCGAUGGCAGCAAGCAGGACCUCAGCAGCAGCAGCAUCGCUUCAAGUCAGUUUAUUCGACAGCGUUAAACCCAUCGCAAGUUUUUCUUCGACCAUUUUCCGCACAGUACGCGCAACGUGAAAAUUUUCCAUGCUUUCUAUUUGUAACGAAACGAAAAGAAUUGAAUCCAAUAACAACAAGAAAAUCAACAAAAGCAGUUGCAGCAGUUGAAAAAAGCACUAUUGUUGUUCCAAACAAUAUUCUGAUCGUCAUCGUGAUAGUUGUGAUCGUGUUGUUGUUCUUCCUGGUGUUGUGUACGACUCCUGCCGGGGAAAACGACAUCAACCUGACGCCGCCGAAGCAAUUGACGUUGACGUUGACGUUGCCAUUGCUGCUGCAAUUUCUGGCCGCGCUCGUUCAGCUCCUGCUCGUAACAACGAACUUCAAAAGCGAGCUGCAUCAUAUGCUGUGCGAUUUAACCAUCCAGCGACAUACUGUGGCCAUUACCUAUGACCUCAGCGAAACACCAGCAAAAAAAGGCGCACCUCCAAUUCCACAAAAACGGAGUAAAAGCUUCGAACUGUGCAUGAAUUCAAAGAGGCGAACUAUAAGUCAUCGGACUUCAAGUAACAGACAUCGGAAGUUACAGCCGUUCAGGUACACGUGAGCCAACCAUUGUACCGUUCCAAUAGUUUUUUACUAAAAAAAAAAAAUUACAAAAAUUAAAAAAAAAACACAUAAAAACCAAAAAAUUGUAAAAAAAAAACAA